ACCGCAUGCUGAUUGGCGAGCGUGGCCCGACCGGCAGCAGAAGUGCUGGUCGGCGGGUUAUUGGGACGUCCCUGCUGUGGUUGGAUGGGCUUGGAGACAGGCGGCUGACAGAAGAAGGACACCUGUGACGCUCAGCGGGCGAUGCUUCCCACGGACGGCCUGUCGGAGCCCAGCCCCAGCGGGCGCACGGCCGGCGGCGUGCUCCAGUACUACCUCUCCGGUGUCAAGAUGGACGUGACCACGAUGACGUACACGGCGUUCCUGCUGCUGGCGGUGGCCUGUUUCGUCCUGCUGCACCUGGCGCAGCAUACCAAGGCGCAGCUGACGGCGGCCAGCAACCCGCACUUCGUGCAGUUCCAGCGCCAGUUCUUCGCCGUCUACUUCCUGGCGCUGUUCUCCGACUGGCUGCAGGGUCCCUACGUGUACAAGCUGUACAGCCACUACGGCUUCGCUGAGUACCAGAUCGCCGUCAUCUACGUGGUGGGCUUCGCGGCAUCGGUUGUGUUCGGCACGGCCACCGGCCCGCUGGCCGACCGCUUCGGACGCAAGAAAACGUGCGUGGCCUUCAGCGUGGCCUACUCGCUUUGCUGCAUGACGAAGCUGAGCCGAACGUACGCCGUGCUGCUGCUCGGCCGCGUGUUUGGCGGCAUCGCCACCUCCAUGCUGUUUUCCACGUUCGAGUCGUGGUACGUGUACGAGCACGUCGAGACGCACGACUUCCCGGCCGAGUGGAUCUCCGUCACGUUUAGCAAGGCCACCUUCUGGAACGGCAUCCUGGCCAUCGUGGCCGGCGUGGCCAGCAACAUGGCGGCCGAGUGGCUGGGCUUCGGCCCGGUGGCGCCGUUCGUGAUGGCCAUCCCUUGCUUGAUUGCCUGUGGCACACUGGUCUCGACGCAGUGGCAGGAGAACUUCGGCAACCAGCAGAUUAACUUCCGGCGCAGCUACAUCAACGGCAUGCGCACCAUCCUCAGCAACGAGGUGGUAGCGCUUCUCGGCCUGGUGCAGUCGCUCUUCGAGUCGGUCAUGUACAUCUUCGUCUUCCUCUGGACGCCGAUCCUGGACCCGAGCCGGCCGCCGCUCGGCAUGGUCUUCUCCUGUUUCAUGGUCUGCAUCAUGAUGGGCUCGUCCAUCAACACGCUGCUGAUGGGCCGCGGCGUGAAGCCAGAGCGCGUGCUGACCCUGGCCGUGGUCAUCAACAUCAUCUGCAUGCUCGUCUGCGCCGUCGCCACCGGCCCCAGUGCGCCGAUGCCGGGCCUCGCCUUCGCCGCCUUCCUUUUCCUCGAGCUGGCCGUCGGCAUGUACUUCCCGUCGAUGGGCUACCUGCGCAGCCAGGUGAUCCCCGAGGAGCAGCGCGCCUCCAUCAUGAACUGGUUCCGCGUACCGAUGAACCUCAUCACGUGCGGCGGCCUGCUCUGGCUGCACCAGGGCGAGGCGGCCGGCGGCACCCAGGUGAUAUUCAUGGCCUGCGCCGUCCUGCUGAUGGUGGCGCUGUUCGCCUGCCUGCGCUUCGCCAAGCGCUACCAGGAGACCCGGCUGCCGGAGCACGAGCUGAGCGAGAGCAAGCCGAGCGCCAUGUAGCGCGCCCGCGUCCCGACCGCCGCCCGCUGGCCGCCGCCCGUGACGGCUCCGGCCGCUGACUCUGCCCUGGCCGCCGAGGGUGUGCCGCUGCUGCCGCCGGCGGCCCGGCAGCGCGUGCCGACUCGUCGGCGGAGUCCGGCGGGCAGUUGGCGUUUUAGCGUGAACGGCUCACGUGCUGUUUGUUCGAGCCGGUUGGCCGCUUCUUGUUUUGUUAUUUGGGCAUUCCUAUGCGGCGCGCUUCGCCUGUGUUUUGAGCUGGCGCGGAGUGGUCUGCGCACUCUGCGGGGGGCCGGAAUAGGUGGAAUCGUUGCUCCUCGUGAUAGCCAGAGCACGGAUGAGCUCGUGGCGUGGGCCUGUGUGUGUGCGUGUGUAUGUGUGUCUGUGUGUCUGUCUCCCGUCGGUAAGAGCGGGUUGUCUGCUGCUGCCGGCGCGUCUCGGUGCGCCGGCGGCCCGGCCGUGGCCUUACUCGCGUGCCUGCCGGUCUGGGCUGGCCGGCCGUCUGCGUGGCUGUAUGUCGUGGCUGUGCGGCCCGCCGGCCGUCUUCUCCUCUGCGAGCUUCUGCCGCGCACGGGGUCUUCGCUUCCCCGCGAGCUUGGCCCGCCGCCAGCCGCGGCCGGACCACCGCCGCCGGGCGCGCUUAGCCGCCCCUUCCACUCUGCACGACCGCCACGUGGGCGGCUCGCACGUCACUGCGAUUUCUCUGAGAACGCAGGAUUGCAACGCGCAACGACACGUAUCUGCGUCGGUCUUUUUCCGGACAGACAGCUGCCGUUUUCUGACUCCAUGGCGCAGUCUGAUGUAUUUGGGUGUCCGCUAUUCGGAAUGGCGGCGUGGUGUGCGCACAUUCCGUUCUUCGUCGCGAGAGCAGAAUCACGUGGACGCGUGAAACCGGUUGAUGUCCAUGGGCUCGUCCAUUGCGCCGAGUUUGUUGUAUCGGCCGAGUAUGAAUUUAAAUGUCACGUUAUCGUUUGUUCAGCUUCGAAGUUGAAUGUGUCUGACAAGAUGUACUGUGCUGUCAAGUUGCACGUUGGUCGUAAAUUUAACGUCACUUUGUUUGCCCCUUCAAGCCGCAUUUUAUGUGACCUUUGUGUACAGUUGUGAUGGUGCACAAGGCUGCCGCAGCCAAGUACACACUUGCCUGUAUGAUAUUUUAGUCACUUGCCAGCUUCUAUGCGUUGGCCGCGCUGCUCCAUUCUCAUCUUCCUUUCACCCUCACUGUGCUGUUUUUUGUCGCGUUCCGUGCGUCGCGCAGGACGCGGGCUGGCCAGACGGCGCGGCCACAUCGCACGUUCUGCCUGCACUGCCGCGGCCGUCUGUCCACGGGGAGCCGUGCCGUGUCAGAUGUGGCGCUGCGGACUGAGGGCGGUACCCUGUACGUGGAGUCGACGGCCUGCAAUGCUCGCGCACCCACCGGCCGGCGGGGAUUGACAGGGGCGCGGCGACGGUAGGCUGUUCGACUGCACUCUGUGGGCGUUGUUACGGUUUUCAGGGACUCUGUAGUAGCACAAUUCAUCUAUCAGGAUUCAGUUGCCGUAUUCAGGGACUCUGUCGUAGCGCAAUACAUCUAUCAUUAUUCA